AUGGGAAGACGCGCGAAAUACGUUACCCUCGCAGAAAAGCGCGAAGCUAAACGACAUCAGCAAGGGAGGUAUAAAAACACAGAGGGUGGGAAGGCUAGGCGUCUCGUGCAGAGUCGUCUCCGGUAUGCGUCACGACAUGGACACCUCGACACCCCAUUUCCCAAGAAGAUCAAAGGCAUCGCUGCCACUAUUGUCGCGCAUGCACAGAAGCCAUUCGGCAUCGUCGUGUAUCCCGAGACGACCGACCCAGAUUGCCCAGAGCUCGGCCUCUACACGCAGCCGUACAAGCUUGCUAUCCCCCCGCAGUACUCCAUUCCUUACACGGAGUUUGACGAGAUAUUCACAGAUAUCGAUGGUGUCUUGGACGAUCUCAUGCGUAGUCUGAACACGCAGCAGUUGAGUUUGUUGGAGCUCAGUGGGCGCGAGCGACACGAACAAUUCAAUGCGAUUGGGGGCAAGGGUUUGGCCGAGAAGCUACGAGAGGAGAUAGCUUUACGAGUGGCGAGCUGGGAUAAUGGUGCACCAACGGAGAUAUCAACGCAGACUGCUGUUGCGCAGCUUGCGGGAGUUCAGUGGGCGGCCAGAAUAAUCUGCUGCCUUACCCUGGAGUUACAGCUGGUAGAGUCGAGCGCAGACGAUUACGAACAGGCUUUCAACAACACCUCCUUACAUUGGCAGCGUUUGUAUCAUAGUCGUACCUAG